UGAUCUCCCUGCAUCUUCGGUUCUAGAUUACACUACCAAGGAUUUUAUCCUUUUCUUAAACUAGGAAUCUAUCUAGUUUAGGGUGUGUAAUCGCCGGAGCUGAAUAAAAAUGGGGAUGGGAAGGCCAGAGUUCCAGGAAAGGGGGCUGCUUUCUAACAUUGCCGGAUUUGCCGCCGCCCAUCACCUUCCGGGAGCCCACGGCGGAGCUCAUCACCGUCCGCCGCCACUUGGAUAUCCUCAUCAUCCUCCUCCUGCUGCAGGGGCAUACCCACCUGCCGGCGGAUAUCCUCAUCCUCCUCCUCCUUCACCUGGAUACACCCCGGAAGGCUAUCCUCUUGCCGGUGCGCACCCUCCCCCUCCGGCUGGCUACCCGCCGCCGACGGCAUAUCCUCCGCCGAGUGGUGCAUUUCCCCAACAUGGCUAUCCUCCGGCUGGCUAUCCACCCCCAUCAUCUUCACAUCAGGAAAUAAUUGUAGGUGCAGCAGGGCAGGGAUCUAAUAAGUUUGGAACAAUGUUAGCUGGAGGUGCUGCAGCUGCAGCUGCUGCAAUUGGAGCUCACCAUCUUGCACAUGGUAGUCAUCAUCACCACCAUAUGCAUGGUGGUUACUAUGGGCACCAUGGUAAAUUCAAGCAUGGAAAGUUUAAGCAAGGGAAGUAUGGAAAGCCCUUCAAGCGCUGGAAGUAGAGAUAACCAUGCAUAUUUAAUUUGCUCCUGGAGCUGAGAUUGUUCUUUAGAGCACAAUGAACAUACAUAGCAUUUAUGCAACAUAUAUGUUCCUAGCUAGUACAUACUGUGUAUGCUUUUUUCAUUAUGUGUCAUGUACAUACAUGUGAUUUCUCAGCUCACAUUAAUGCACAUCAGCUAAUUAGUUCCUUCAAUUUUUACAUAUAUAAUAUCUGAAUUACAAGUGAUA